AUGAAUUUUGUUGGCACAAAUCAACUCGAAUCAGGACUCCACUUCCCAUGCAGCUCGGCAGCUCUGCUGUCUCAAGAGAGUCUUCAUCAGCCACCACUUCGCAAAUCCUCAUCGGCCAUUGACUGGAACGGCGCCGUCGUCGAAGCAACUCGCAAGACUUCCAGGCAAUUCGAUUGGCAAACCGCUUUGUUCGACAACAGCCGCAAGACAAGCUUCUCGAAUCUUCAUCCAUUUUCGCAAGCUCAACAGGGCGGAUUGGUUAUGACAACUCUCGACAACAAGCAACAAGGAAUGUCCGUCGCUACCGCUACAAUGCCACAGCAACAGAAUCACUUUGCUCAGACGCUUGCACAGUCUGCCAGCACCCAGUCGGCUCCAGCUGCAACCACUGCACCAGUGACCGAGCCAGCAGCACCAGGAUCCAGAGGAGCUGCCUUGUUCGGAGGAGUCUUCCAUCGUGGAUUCUUCUCGAAGCCAGUCGAGCGUACCGAAGAGGAAAACUACCGCUACUUGAUGGCUCUUGACCGUUAG